AUGGUCUCUUCACCCGCUUCAACAAGGCCUUCGCCACCACCAUACUCUCCCACCAACCAUCCCCACUCGCAUUCCCGCUCCAGCUCCAACUCCUCCACACACAGCCGGACAAGGAUACGGCCCAGCAGCACCUACCUCCCACCCGAUGUCAUCGACUUUCUGGAUGACAUCACCCCUUUCCACUACCACCACGAAGGGCCCUAUGACGCUGCCAGUCACCACAGGAACAGAUCCUGCCACAACAGAAAUCCCAUUGACGCUCUCAAGUCAUCCAACGAGGAAGCGCUAAAGGCGACACCGCCAGGCAAAAUCGCGGAUUGCAUCUGGAAUUCCCGCCCGCUGGACGGGGUGGCUUAUUACCCUCCAGGCUCGACGGAUCCGGAGGGGAACACGUAUGAUUAUGAGGAAGGGUCGAACAUGAUGACGGAAGAUCGCGGGGAUUUUAGGAGGUGGCCAGGCAUGAAAUUCCGCGAUGAGGAUUUCAAGAAUGAUUUUGAUUCCUCUAUACGGGGUUCAGUUACAUCGAGCUGGAAAUUCCCCCGAUUCCGCUGUCGUCGUCGUCGUUAG